AGCAUCGUCCAUGCGGGGGGAGGGGUUUAACCGGUGGUAGCGGACAGGGGGCGGAGGCUCCGUCUCUUCUGACCGACUCUGCUGCGCUGUCUCCGGCUUCUCGACUCUUCACUGACCCGGUGAAAGUUCCUCCUCCGCUGCAGACAUGGCUCCCAGCGCGCAGCUGAAGGAGGCGAUGGCCGACAUGCACAAGGGUCUGUCUGCAGGUUCUGUUGGAGAACGAUCGCAUGGAGAACAUAUUCAGUGACGUGAUCUACAGCCAGUUCACCACCGAGUUCACCAAGAUCCUCCAACGUCUCAGACCCUCGGUCACAGCCGCUGGUUACGUCCAGUUGGGGGCGUACCCCACCAUCGUCCUCCUCAACACCCUGCUCUUCUUCUGCUGCGAGGACUUUGGCUUCACCACGGUGGAGCAGCACCGCCAGCUGUCCUUCACCCAGCUCACCUGCUGCACCAGAACCAACCUGAACCACACCCGGACCACUUCCCUGCGCUUCUGCCGCCCAUAUCCACGGCUGAAGCUCCUCCAGACGGAGUUCCCGCUACAAAACGUCCAGGCGGCUGCUGGACGUUCUGACGAGACCCCCACGGAGACUCCUGUUCCAGUAAGACCGGGUGAUUGGGUAAGGGUCAAAGUUCACAAGAGAAAGUGGCCCGACCCUAGGUGGACAGGACCUUGGGAGGUAACAGAGUGUACCUCACAUGCGAUCCGAGUAAAAGGAAAAAACAGGAGCAAUUUGGCACCACCUCACACAUUGUGUACCCGCUGACCCACCUUCUCGGUCUUUACGAGAAGUAGCCACUGAUUUGGCCGACUCCUCCUCAAAAUCUUAAAGUAAUACGUUGACCACAAAAGGAGGGUCUAUCUGUAUGUCUUGUCUUGAUUAUUUCCAAAUAUAAGCUUGUAUACUCUACUUUAAACUCAGCUACGCACCUCUGAGUUCCAUAUGAGCAGAGAGAAACACGCACAUAAUGUAAAUGACGAUGGAGAUAGCAGGACUUCACCCCUGUGGGUGAGGCCAUCAAUGUUUGUUUUUUCCUACCUGAGACAAAUCCCUACUGCUUUCCAUGAUUUCUGUUACAAGUGUGAUUUCUAGUAAUCAGACAGUGAAUUCUUAUAAUUCUAAUAAAUGUGUUUCCGUUGCUUUAACUCCAUAGAUAAUUAAGACAUUCUAAAUGAUUUACAGGACUGUUGACUUUUUUUGUGACGAAUUCUAUAUAAUACUUUGUAAUUAAUUCAAAUAUUGAAUUCCCAGUUUAACUUUAUGUUUGAGCACAUCUUUUGUUAAAUCAAUUUUAGUGCUCCUAUUUGAUAAGAUUAUUAAACUGUUCUUAUCCCAAGGUUGCGAAGGUAAAAAGUUCAGUUAGUAAUUGUCCCAAUAAUUUUGUAAUUGUACAAUAUGAAUGUUUUGUACUUUAACAAUUCAAUUAGAGAAGCAGUUUACUGAG